UUCGGGAACGAUGUUUUUAAAAGACCGGUGGAUUAAAAUCCUCGGACGGGUGUUUUUAGCCCCGGUGGUUUGGGAUGUGACCCAGCCCGACUCCUGGGACGGAACCGGGGCCGGGGAGGAGAGUUGGGCUUGGGCCGCCGUGAGCUGAAGAGCCGUGGCGGGGAGUCUGGUGGCGGAGCCGUGGCGAAGUGCGGUUAAGACUAUACUUUCAGGGAUCAUUUCUAUAGUUUCCAACUAGAGAAGUGCAUUCGAAAGUGAUCGGUCUCGCCAACCACGAGGAGGAGGCGGAAUGUUCUCUCCUGAGCGUGAAGCCGGCGGGCGGUGCUCAUUUGCUUGAGCUGCUGCCUCGUCCUUGAUGAUCGUUCUGCCCUCUUUUCAAGAGGGUCGGAGGGAGAGAACAUAUUCUGAGUGGUUGGAUCUCUUUUUUUACCAUGGUUGAAAGACAGUCUAGAAAGGUUCCUUUAGUUGAGGAGUAAUCUUCUGGAAACUGUUAUUGUGGGCAAAUUUGUGUUCACAUAUUUAUUUAAGGGGAUCUUUGCUGAUGCUGUAAACUCCUUGGGGCAGACUGCCCUGUUCACAGCUGCUUUACUUGGCCUUGGAAAAGCGGUUGAUGUUCUUCUGGAUUUUGGUUCAGACCCAAAUCAUCGCUGUUAUGAUGGGAGUACUCCGGUGCACGCUGCAGCUUUCUCAGGCAACCAGUCAGUUCUUAGUAAGUUGCUAGAGGCAGGUGGAGACUUGAGAAUCCAUGAUGAGAACGGAAAGAACCCAGCGAGCUGGGCAAUGUCUGCUGCAAAGGAAAGUAGUAUCCAGAUGUUGGAGUUUAUCCAGCGGUGCACAGCCCACAUGCAAGCCACUCUGCUGAAUUACACCUUGCUACACAAAGUUUGUUCUCCAAAAGACCUUGUCUACAAUCCUUCCAAGUUUGGGGGCAUCACACAAGGAAGGGACCACAGCCCACUGGGAAGAUUUCUAAAAGGCUCGAACAGUUCUGAAAAGUGCAAACAGUUUGGGCGAGCUUUCAGCUUUGGCUUUGGGAAGUUUUAUCUCACUGGCAGCAAGCAAGUGAGCUACUUAUCGUCGCUCCCACUCAUCACGGAUAAAGAACUGUUCCAGGCUGAUGAUGAACGGACAUUCUCAUUUCCAGCUGGACCAUACAUGGUUAUGACCAAUUUGAUGUGGGGCGUGACCCGAGUCACAGUGAAGGAGCUGAAUCUGAAACCCCAUCGGAACUGCAGCAAGGUGCACCUGGCUGACCUGCUGCUUGCAGAAAAGGAAUAUAGUAGUAAACUUCGCCACCCUCAUUUGCUGCUGUUGAUGGCUGAGUCCUUAUCCAGUGACUUGGAGAGAGUCCGAUUAGUGUAUGAGAGGGUUAACUUUGGCUCACUCUACAGCAUCCUUCACGAGAGGCGUUUGGAGUUUCCGGUUGUGCGCGUUGAAACGAUUGUGCACUUGCUGCUCCAGGUGAUCGAGGCCCUGCGGUUCCUGCACACACAAGGUUUCGUCCACCGCACAGUCAGCUCCUACGCAGUGAUGAUUGUAACUACGAGUGAAGCACAGCUCACCAACUUGGAGUACAUGGUUGAAAGCAAGGAUGGGGGAGAACACAGCGACCUGAGCCGGGUGCCCAUCUCCUCUCAGUUGUUCAACUGGUGCGCACCGGAAGUGAUCCUUGAAAAGUCGCCUACUGCCAAAUCAGACAUCUACAGCUUCUGUGCCGUGAUGCAGGAGGCACUCACAGAUUCUGUUCCCUGGGAAGGGAUCAAAGGUUCAGUGGUUAAGGAUUACAUAUUUUCUGGCCAGUCUUUGGAAGCUGAUGCUAGGCUGCCGAAACUGUACUAUGAUAUUGUGAAGAUUGGCCUGGAGUACAGGAAGAAGGACCGCGCUAUAAGUCUAGAGGAUAUUCGUUACAGCCUACAAAAUGACUUAAAGGAUUUGAUUGUGUCCCAGAGGGACCACCCCUGCAAAGGUUCCGGCACGCCCAAGAAUGAAGCACAUGGCAACAUUAAUAUCUGCUUCCCAUCCAGCUCAGACUGCCAGCUCAAGAUACCAAAGCCACAAGGAGAGGAGACCACCCGAGUCGUCAGAAGCUUUACUGUGUCGGGAUGUGCCGUUUCUUCACCUGUAACGGAGGCCACUACUUUCUCCAAGAUCGAGCCUGGUAUUCGUGAAGCUGAACCAAGCCCGAUCUGGGACCCGGCUCCCGAACCCCAGAAUGAUGCCAGCAGCGUGGACGACAGCCUCUGCAGCUUCGAAAUCAAUGAGAUCUACACGCGUUCUCCGGAGUCGUGUGAGGGCAGCACAGAGGAAGAGGAGUCUGCUGGAUCGAAUUCAGAAUCCCAAAGGAAGACACAAAUCACUCCAAAGGGCUGGACAAACGUCCUGUCACCACCUGCCAAAGUUCAGAGCAGGCAGAUCAACUUGAGUGAGGAAGACAGCUCUUCAGACCCUGAAGCGGAGCACAGCGCUGAUAAUUUUACUGAUGGGUCUGAGUCCCACCUUUUUACCCAAGCAACACAGUACAUCCAUGACAUAGAGGCCGGCUGUUUGAAUUGGGAUAGGCAGUAUGGCCAGAUUGACUUAGACCUAAAGACUUGUCAAAACUUAAUGCAGCGAAUUUCCGAUGAGAUUGAAAGGGUGAAGGAAUUAGAUGCAGUGGAUGCCUGUAAGAAGCAGCUGCUUGCAGGGGACCAAAGGCAGCAGUGUGCUGUCCCAUGUGCUCUUGAGGAGGCCUACUUGAAGAGGACGGAGGAAGCCUUGGGAAAUAUCUGUGGGCCCUACAGUGGAGACAAGGCAUUGCUGUGGAAGGCAGCCGGCCCUCCAUCAAGCUUCUACAUCCCUCCAGCGUUGUGUGUCUCGAGUAUGUUGAGGCCAGUGGGUACUCACCACUUCCGAGCCAGAGAAAAUGAAUGCAAGGAUGAGAACAGGAGCCAAGACGCCACUUUUCAGAAUGAUUUGGGAUCGGCUCUGGCCAAAAUUCCCUCAGACUCAGGAGCAGCAGAACCAAGCUGUCAGCUCUUGUACCCGAGCGUGUCUACCAGGAGGGAAAGGAUGGCAAGUGCACAGUCACUUCGAGGCAGCGACUUGAGCUCUGCAGGGGACGGAAUCAAAGAGGCCAUAAAGGUGUGUCAGAAACCUCUGUCUGAAACGUGUGAUGCAACUUUGAGAUUCGAGGAGAGGAGUGUGGCGCAGUCUGAAUUGGCAAAGGAAGUAAGUCAGAUGGCGAGCAAAGCAGUUUCUGGGCACCUGGACCUUCUGAUUCCAUGCCCUCCCAGCAAAUGGACUUCUGAGGCCGACAGUGAGAACAUCAAGAGUUCCAGCAACAGGGCACAAAUCAAAGCCUGCCAGCAAAGUGUGGAAGAAUGGCCACGGGCUGCAAAAGAGAGAGAAGAUCAGAAACAAGUCUGCAAUGCUGAAGCAUGUUGUACAUGUUUAUUAGGCAAGAGCAGCCAGCUUUUAGCAAAUGAGGCGCAAACUGAGUGGGACACAACCUUGUGCAAGAAUUCAGCCAUUUCUGUCAGCGCUGAAGACCUUUGCAGGGUGCAGCCAGAAAACCUCAGUUGUUCACUGACCUCAUCUCCUGAUGCAUCAGAAGAGUUUUUAACUCCUGAUUCAGAUAUUUUUGGCUGUUCUUUCACCACUCGGGAAUAUUCGGAAACAGAGAACUCAAGUCCCGAAGAUAAAGAAGAUUCACAUGAAGCCAGCAAACAGCAAGAAUUCCCCUUCGAUGCAGCACAGAGAGGAAAAUGUAGUGAGGAUCCACAUCUCCAAUAUGAUAUGCCAGGAGAGGAUUUAUUUACACCUGCAACCAGGUAGAAAGCUGCCUUCUGUCAUCUUGUCUGUUCAAACAUGAAUAUGACUAAAUCACAGUGCUCAAAUCAGUUGCUGUUAGGCUUGUGUACAUGUGUGCAUUUUCACUGGAAAUCUAGGCACUCUAGAAAACAUCCAUAUAGCUGUUCUCAGUUGCACCAUGGAGGAUAUGACUAGCAAAGCAGCCAAAUGGAGCUAGGAACAGACUAAUGUCGCUAGAAAUCUGAAGAAAGUUCCUGUGUUGCAGAAAAAUCUGAAUUUAAAAAAAAAUACAUUGGGCAUUAAAAUCCCUCCAAAAUAACAGAAACAAUUCUUGUUCCUUUAAGAAUGCUGGCUGAGCUCACAGUAGUUGUUGGGGGUUGCUAGGCAACCACAACAAUAUUGCCAAGUCUUCUAAGCCUUAAUAUCUGGAUAGCAAACCCAUGGGGGCAAGCAACCAGGGGUGGACCGGGGGAUAAAAACAGCUCUGGAAAAGGUCCCACUCAUCUCCACAGUGAUGUUCCCUGAAGUAGGAGGACUCUCUGGUGUCAGUCAGUUUGGCAGUCAUGGGAAACUCAUACCUCCACAGCCUGUUAUGGUUUUGCUAGAGGAGGUGCAGAGGGUACCUUCACUGACAAGAUUCCAAAUGCUGGGAAAUGUCAUUUUACACCUGUGUGACUUUGGAAAUUGACUUUGAUGAGUUGCUGAUCUGAUUUCUGGUGGAAGGUGAGGAUGCCUCAUGUUUGGCUUUGAACUAGCAGUUCCACAUGUAUUUUUUUUAGUAUAAGGUUAAAGAUGUCGAUUUUGAAUGGUCCAGUGCAGUUAUUCUGUUAUUGUUGAAGUUCUGGACUUUUGUAUUGUGGUUGGAUGUUUAUUAUUAUUUUUAUUUCGAGAAUGUAAAUGUCGCUCCUGCGGAGAGGCCUGUUCAUGUCAACUCGCAAUUAAAAAUAGUAACGUGAAAACGUGAUAAGAGUGCUUUUAAUAUUUGUUUAACAUGGUUCACUUUAUAUUUUUAUUGUUAGCGCUUCAUAGCUUGUAGAUGGCAAGCUUUAAAUCUUUCAACAAAUAAAUAUUGGCCACUUUUA